ACGACGACGCCAGGAAUCAAUCACGAUUGAUAGACCCUUCCCUUGUUCCUUAAACAGAAAUCGGCAGCGGUUCGUUUAUGCGGAGAUUGUUACUGUUGGGGUACGAUGUCUCUGGUCUUUUGCACUGAUGAUUAGCAGCAGCAUGACAUCACGCAGGCAGGCCUUCUUUUCGAAUUCGAAUCACACACACACACACUGUCGUCAUAACUCCUUCCUUCCAAAUAAAUUUAAUUAAUAAUGAUAAUAAUCCACUGACUUGUCUACUAUAAACAAUUAUUGUUGUUCUUGGUUGAUGAUGGAUGUCAUUGGCUGCCAUGAUUAUGAUUGCUGUAUCUAUCUAUCUAUCUGCAUAUGUUUGUUGGAGUAGGAGGGGAGGGGAGGGGAGGGAAGGAAGAGGAUUAGAUGAAGAUGCUGCUUGGCUGAUUAUUCUACAGUGAACGGGAAGGAAGAUAACUCAGAAUGAAAGAGAGUGAGAGAAGGGGUUCAACUCCAAACAGCAAAGGAAAAAGUCAUUCUUCUCGGCCCGGUCGUAAGCAGCAAAAGAAGAGCGGUGCCAAAAACUUGAAAGCAAGAGAGACUGAUGCCAGACCUUCUGAGAAAUCGAACUCCAAUACAUCCCUAUGUGAUUUAAAAAAUGGUGUGGAGCCCUUGGAAGCUCUUGAAAAUGUGGUCCUAGAUCAUGUUGAUGCACUGGCUAAUAGUUCCAGUGGCAUAGAGUUGGACAAUGAAACGGACACGAAGAUCAGUAACAAUUCAGUUGCCUGUCAAGGGAACAUACAAGCUGAUGAAGAGAAAAUGGAAAGUGUUUCCAUGGGUUUCAAAAGGAUAGCUGAAAAUACUUCCUCAGAUGGAUAUUCUGAUACACCUAGAUCAAAACCUGAUAGGAAAGAAAAUAAACCAGAGAUCAAUGCAUCGAGAAAUACACCAAAGAAUGGGGCUAAACCUGUAAAGGGGAUAUCAAAUUCGAUUCACGGUAGUUCAUCUGAUAAUUUGAAAAACAUGAAAGUCCAUCCAAAACCACUAUCAGAUUCCUUGGAAGGACCUGAGGACCGUUCACUUGAACUGGACAGUGGAGUAGACACCCUCAAAGCGGCUUCUAAUGGCGCCAAUGGAGUGAACAGUCAAGAUGAAGCAGUUAGUACUCACGAAUAUGACAAGAGUAUAGAUCAGGCUGCAGUAGAUGAAAAGGUGGAGGAAUUGGAAAACAGGAUAAAAGUUCUUGAGAGUGAAUUAAGAGAAGUCGCUGCUCUUGAAAUUGCACUAUAUUCUGUGGUACCUGACCACAGUUGCACUUCACAUAAGGUGCAUACACCUGCAAGGCGCCUUUCCAGACUCUAUAUUUAUGCUUGCAAAUAUUGGACCCAAGAUAAGCGAGCGUCUGUUGCUAGAAAUACUGUAUCUGGGCUUGUUUUAGUUUCUAAGUCCUGCGGUAAUGAUGUUUCCAGGUUAAGUUUUUGGUUGUCAAACACUGUUGUUCUGAGGGAAGUUAUAUCUCUAGCAUUUGGGAUAUCCUCUCAGUCUAGCACUAUAGAAAAAGCAUUUGAAUCCAAUGGAGAUGAAAUGAAAACUUCGCUUAAAUGGAAGGAUAGUAAUGGGAGCAGACAACUGAAUAAACAGGGUUUAUUAAUGUUUGCUGAGGACUGGCAAGAAACAAGAACCUUCACUACUGCAUUGGAGAAAAUUGAGUCUUGGAUAUUCUCGCGGAUAGUUGAAUCCAUAUGGUGGCAGACUCUAGCCCCUAAUAUGCAAUCACAUAUUGGGGGUUCCACCAAAAAUCAAGAUUCUGAACUUAACCACCAGAACCAAGUGGUCUUUUCCAUUAGGCUUUGGGAGAAUGCCUUUCAAGAUGCUCUCAAAAGACUUUGUCCAGUUAGAGCUCAGGGGCAUGAUUGUGGUUGUUUGCCUGCUUUGGCAAGGAAGGUGAUGGAACAAUGUAUUAGCAGGCUGGAUGUGGCCAUGUUCAAUGCUAUUCUUCGUGAAUCAGUCCAUGAGAUCCCUACUGAUCCUGUGUCUGAUCCUAUUGUGAACUCCAAGGUUUUGCCAAUACCUGCUGGAGAUUUGAGUUUUGGAUCUGGUGCUCAGCUAAAAAAUUCUGUUGGAAAUUGGACAAGAUGGCUGUCUGAAUAUUUUGGCAUGGAUGUUCACAAUGAAAAUAAUAUCCAGGAUGGGGAAGACAAGAGGGACACUAAGGAACCACCAAAACGUUUCCCGCUUCUAAAUGCCUUGAGUGAUCUUCUGAUGCUUCCAAAGGAUAUGCUCAUGGACAGUGCGAUACGAAUGGAGGUGUGUCCAACAAUUAGUCUUCCAUUGGUUAGGCGAGUACUUUGCAACUUCUCUCCUGAUGAGUUCUGCCCUGAUUCAGUUCCAGGUGCUGUUUUAGAGGCAAUAAAUGCCGAGUGCCUCGCAUCCAAUAGCAGCAGCAGUUUCCCUUACUCAGCGGCUCCGAUAGUGUACACAGCUCCUUCCUCGCUGGAUAAUUCAGAGGAAGUUGGAGAGGGUGAGGCAGUAAGGUUUGAGUCGUCGGAGGCCAGCGAUGAAGAGGUGGAGUCUUGUCUGGGUGGCAUUAUUCUCCACAGAUUGCCCUCGUCUCCUCCUACUACUGUGGCCAGGUCUGGCAAGCCACCACUGGAUGAAUAUUAGUUAUUCUGUUAUAUCAUUGCCUGAUUAUUGAUGAUGCUAUGAGAUUCAAAGGAACAAUGGACUGGAACGAAUACAACCAUCUUUUUCCUUUUAUUGAAUUUCUCAGUUCAG